UGCAAAGGCAGAGCGCGGGGAUCCGAGGGGGAAAGAGCCAGCCUGGGCCAUGGAGGGGCUCAGAGAUCCGAGCUGGGGCUCCGUGAGCAGCUCCAGGGUGGGCAGGAGAAGCCCCACAAGUGCUCAGAAUGUGGGAAGAGCUUCAGGUGGAGAUGCCGCCUGAUGGAGCAUUGCAGAAUCCACACGGGGGAACGACCCUACGAGUGUGGUGUGUGCAAGAAGAGGUUCAUGAGCAGCUCCGAGCUGCACCAUCACCUGCGGAUUCACAGCGAGAUGCGGCCGUUCCGCUGUCGUGAUUGUGGGAAGCGAUUUAAGGAAAAUUCCACUCUCAUCACCCACCGGCACAUUCACAGCGAGGAGAGGGCCUACGAGUGUGAUCAGUGCAAGAAGAGGUUUAAGCGCAGCGGGGAUCUCCGCAAGCACCGGCGCAUCCACACCGGGGAGAGGCCCUACGAGUGUGGUCAGUGCCAGAAGAGGUUCCUGACCAGCUCCGAGCUCCUCAGCCACCAGCUCAUUCACACCGAGGAGAGGCCGUUCCACUGCUGUGACUGCGGGCAGGGCUUCAGGCACAAGUCUGCCCUCAUCGUCCACCGGCGCAUCCACACCGGGGAGAGACCCUAUGAGUGUCCCCAGUGUGGGAAGGAAUUCACCCAGAGCUCCCAUCUGACUGUCCACCUGAGGAGCCACACUGGGGAGCGACCCUACAAGUGUGACCAGUGUGAGAGGAGGUUCCUGAGGAGCUCUGAUCUCGUCAGUCACCAGCGCAUCCACACCGAGGAGAGGCCGUUCUACUGCCAUGACUGUGGGAAGGGAUUCAGAUACAACUCUUCCCUCAUUGUCCACCGGCGCAUCCACACUGGGGAGAGACCCCACAAGUGUCCCCAGUGUGGGAAGGGCUUCACCCAGAGCUGCCACCUGACUGCCCACCUGAGGAGCCACACCGGGGAGAGGCCCUAUGAGUGUGAUCAGUGCAAGAAGAGGUUUCAGACCACGUGUGAUCUCCUCCUGCACCAGCGCAUCCACACGGAUGAGAGGCCCUUCCGCUGUCCUGAUUGUGGGGUGGGAUUCAAGCGGAACUGUGCCCUCAUCACCCACCAGCGCAUCCACACUGAAGAGAGACCCUUCAAGUGUCCCCAGUGUGGGAAGGGCUUCACCUCGAGUGGCAGCAUGACCAGACACCGACAGAGCCAGCACUGAGGGUAGCCCUGAGUGGGAAGAGCUCCAUGGCCUUCUCCAGCUCCAUCUCACACGGGAGGAUCUGCUCUGGAUGGUCCCCAGUGAGCCCAGGUGGGCAGAGCCCCCUUGACUCCUGCUUGCAGCACAUCAGGCUGGGGACUCCACAUCCACCUGGCUCCUUGUUGCCUGGAUUUUCUUUUUAUAUCUCUGUUAUUUUUAUACACCUUUGUAAGUCCAAGCUUAAUAAUAAAGAUGUUGAACCAA